CCGAGUCGACUCACAAGCGCGCCGGCACGCUGACAGACCUGAACCAGCUCCUCUGAACUUGAUUCGAUCCUCUGACAGAAGAAGAGACGCUAAGAUAAAGACGUGCCUUCAGUCUUAGAGAGGGAGCUGUCACACACUGAUAUACAAACACACACAUUCCUAGAAACUGACACACACACACAGAAGCAAACAGUCUCUCUCUCUCUUUCUCUCUCCUUUACUGCUCGCUCAGCUGCUCUCUCCCCCUCCCAUCCACACACACACUCUCUCUCACACACACACACACACCACUACAGUAUAUCAGCGAGUGACUAGCGGAGAGCCAGAGGGGAGUGCAGAAAUGAAUGUGAAGAUCCUGACGCUGGUGAUUGUGCUCUUGGUGUCUCUGCUGUGUCCUGCCGGUGCUGGUCCCAUGGCCUCCACGGAGCAUGGCAGAGGGCUGGAAGAGGCAGCUACAGUGAGAAAAAUGGCCCAGCAGAACCCAGUGAGAGGCGGUCAGACCCACAGACCAGCCAAGAGAAGACGCCCACGGCCCCGUCUUUCCCACAAGGGGCCAAUGCCGUUCUAGAGCAAGGCACUGCCUUGAGCGCCCUCCCCCAGGUUCUGAUUUCUAUGCUCUUCCUUCGCCUUGGGGGGCCUUGCAAAGAAGGGCCUGCGCUUGCCCAGCCUGAAGAGUGAUGUCCAUAGCACCUGCUGGUUCUCCAAGCAACUCUGUCCACCUAAAAAUCAGGACAAGCCGCUCACCCUCGGCUCCAGGAGGAAUAGGGGGGCGUUGAAAAGGGGGUGGGAGGUAUUGAGCCUGAGCUACCAGACUCUAUUUCUCUGUCUCUUUAUCUUACUCCCUCCUUACUGAUAUAUCUCUGUCUUUUUUCAAUUUGCUUAAUAGAGGCCAAUCAUAGCAAUCUUUCCGAGUGUCUCACACUCUUUGCAUGACAUGUGGUGGAGAGGGAGCCCCGUCAAAAGAGUCUUAAAGCUUCUGUCACUCCUCCAGGACGUGGUUUUCGCAUGUCUCAGAUCCAAAGUCCCAUCAGUCGCUGAUUUCAUCGCUGUGUAGCUACUUAAACGAGCAGAUGAGCGGGUCUGAUCGUGCAGAGGAAGUAACCUAAUUUUCGUUGUGAUUCUCUGGAGCUGAAGGUUUAGCGUUGAAAGGAGUAAUAAUCAUCACUUAAUUACGAUUAUUAAUGGUGCUUUGUAUCUUUUAAUGUCAGUUUGUCCACAUGCAACGUAAACUAAAACAAGAGCACAUGCCAUUAGGACAACUUCACGUUCCCUCGCUCAUUCCGAAGCUGUUUGGGUGUUUCUGAGUUCAUUAACACCUCGGGGGGAACGGAGCGGCUUUCAGGCUCAAGGUUACUGUCCCACCUUGAAGGAGUCCUCUUACCCCUACCCUGACCCCCGACCCCCAGCCUUCUCGCCACACCGCUGCCCCCAAGCAGCUGCUCUUCACGACUGUUACCCGGCGCUGGCGGCCCGCUCCGACCCACGGGCCGCCUCGCCCCUUAAGGAAGUGCCAAAUAACAACCUUCUCCACAAUGCUGCCAGGAACGGAGGAACGAAAAAGUCAGAGAGAAACGCAUUACCUCUUGUUUGAAGUCUCGAUACACUGACACGUUUAUGCUUUCUCUUUGUUUUGUUCAUUUUAACUUCAGCUCUUUGUUAAUCCGCCGCCGCGAUCAGCCUACCACUAGUGCUCUAGUUUAAUAUUCAGCAUACGAACAGAAAAAGCUAUGCCUUUCCAUUUUACUGGAAUACAUUUCUAUUUUUUUCUGUUUUAGUUUUAUUUCCUUUUUUCUCAGGGUGCUGUGAUAGAGGCUUGUACUUUAGCAGGCUGUUAUGUGCAUUUACUCAAGACAAACAUACAAACUCAUAUGAGCGUAUUUUCAUAUACUGUAUCUUUACUCUCCCUGUAUGUAUCCUCUAGUUUAAUCACUAUGUUAUUGGAGAGUUAUUCACGUCUUUUCUUGAGCUCCCUGCGUUAUGUUGGAUGCAGUUGCCUUUCUAAUCAGCCCGUCCGCUGCACAGGUGGUGGCGGAUUUGAUCGUCAUGCCCAUUAAAUCCUAAACUUAAUCUUUCGUAGAUGUCCACAUUUAGUCAGAGCUCAUUGUUAAAUUGGCUCAGACUGGAAGCACAUCAUUUUAACUUCAGUCCCCCUGCUGAUUCAGGCUGUAAUCAUAUCGCAUAUUGGGAACUUGAUAAUCCUUGUUGCGUGUUGGACAUGCAGAACUCUAAUUUAGUUAGUCAAAUCAGUUUCAAGAACAUAAUCUAAUUAAUCUACAGUGGGUGUGCACAACUCUGUUGCACUGCCUGGUUUUCCACCUUUACUGUGAUAAAUAUCCUGCAGAAUUCAACAUGAAAAAACAAAUCUGUUAGGAGUGAAAUGAUUAAUCAUGAAUCAAUUAUUUGAAUAAUCAUCAAUUAAUUUACUAAUCAAUUAACUUCGUUUUACAGACUCAAUAAAACGUGAAAAUAAAAGCAGAAAUUAAUCCAAAACUACAAAAAAUAUUGACAUUUUCCAUUAAAGAUUAAAAAAAAUACAUUUGUCUGUAAAUAGGUUCUGCCCAAAACUCCUAAGGUGGGAAUUUGUUUCACCUGGUUCAAAUUCUGUAAAAAAUAGAUAUAUAUUAAGCAUCUUUUGCUAUCCAAUUAUUAAUUAUAAAAAUAAUCAACAGAGCAGCUAUACACUGUAUCAAAAGUUACUACUGGCAGAAAUGACAAAGCAAAAACCAGGAAGUAGUUGGAAGAUGAAGUUGCGGCAAGUUUUUUAAUGACUUACCGCAUUAAUAAACUAAUGAGGUGUGAUUUUAAUUGUGUUUUUUAUUCAAUCUUCAACGACAUGAAUAGCUGAGUGUCAUCAGCACAACAGUGGAGGCUGAUUCCACAGUUCCUGAUGACUCCACCAAGCAGCAAAUAUGUACAAAUUAACAAGUAGGGGACCUAGAAUAGAGCCUUGGGGGACGCCUUAGUUAGCAUCGAAGAACAUGUAUCCAUACUGACCAUAAUAGUUCUAUCUGUGACAUAGGAGCUGAACCACCGAAGAACAGCGCCAGAAAACCCAACCAGAUGCUGUAAUCUAUUUAAAUGGAAACAAUACAACUGCAAAAUUGCAAAAAAAAUCAGCAGAAUAUCAACAAGAUUUUGCACACAUUAGUAAUGCAAACACAGCUAGUGCUGUCCCAUAUUUUGCCCAAUUACUGAUGAUGAUGUUGUAAUGAUCUUCUCUUCUCUUGACUGAAACUGUUGUACAAAGAUAUUUUGUUAACUCUCUGCAAACAAUGGGGUCAGCUCAGCGAUUUAAAUGAGAAACUACUGGAAACAUCCAAAAUAGGAAACUUGCACUUCAUUUCAAGUUAAUCAGAUUCCCUUAAAUUGUUUGCCAAAUAUGAACUCAAAUACGGUGAAUGCUGAAAACAAAUCACACUCACCCUCUCCAAACGGAUUUAUUUGUUUUUAGCGAUAAAAUUGUACAGGACAUACCUUUCACAAUAAAGAUGGAACAAUUUUUAAAAGGAUAAAUUACUUUACAAAAACCCAGCAUGUCAACACGGGAGUGGACACUUUUAUAAAGGCGCAUUACAUUUCCAGCACUUUUUCCCUCUCGCCAUGUCUCAUGCAAAUAUUAAAAAUAAAAACGCAGAAUCUUCUCAGCCCCGGCAUGAGAAGCUUUUAUUAAGAGAGCAUCUAAAAGCACAGUGGUAUCCCAGCCAAGCUCACCUUGAUUAAAAAUGCAUUAAAUCCUAGGGCACUGUGAAGUGUAAUAAUUUCAGUUCUGCCAUCAUUUUUUAUACCCUCACAGACAGAGAUGUAGAUUUCGUGACGGCUUUGCUCAGGAGGUCUCGUGUGUUUUUGGAGGGAAGAAUAUAGGAAGUAAACGAGCUGGGGACGAAGGUUCAAAGCCGCAGGAGUUGGGAAGGCAAAGGGGCUCGAGUCAAUAUCCCUCUUCUCUCCCUCCCCGCCUCAGAAGUUAUUGUUACUGAGCCGAGCAACGUCUGUCUCCGCACUGUUCUUCAUGAAUGUAUCCUCACCAUCUGCACCAGCCAUGCUGCCCUCGCAGAGACCGGAGCAAACCGAUGUUUAUGUAAGGAAGCCCCUUUUUAAUCUCAUCAUCAAAUGCCAAAUAUCCCACAGAUUCAAAGCUUCUGGCGUCAAAUAGUCCCAACAAAUAGACGUGGCUUUGCUCAAAGACUUCUCUGUAUGGGUUUGCAAGGCUGCACUUUUUGCAAUUCCAUUAUGCUGCUGGAAAAAAUACACCCUGAAAACAAGAGUCUCUCGCUAUGGAAUGGUUUUCCAGUGUGUUGUGACAAUUUCCUUUCAUCUGAUUCUUGUCUAGCUGGUUGUCCAAAGCUUACUUUUUUGAAUACAGUGUGACAAGCUGUACCUUUUGUGGAUGUAACAAAAUAGAGAAGUAGUCUGCAGAACAAUAUGUCGUGGACACGUGAAAGCUUUCAGGCGUUCUUUUCUCGUAGACCAUAGCUCACCGCCCUCCCCUGCACAUCAGGUUUAAUGGAAGGACAAGCAUGUCCAGGCUAAAACUGAAAGGCUAAACCAAUACAUUAUGCUCGGGGAGCAAAAACCAUUUUCCUUAAUGGUCUUUUCCAGCUAGGCUUACACAAGAGAAACUAUUCCUAUCCUCUCAAUGUUCCCCUCUCUCUCUGUGACCAUCACAAGGCCUGAGUAAUGUUUUCUAUGCACUUGUUAGCAUGUGUUCCUGGUAGAAAAACCCUUAUUCUGUUCCGUUUAUGUUUAUUUUUGUCCAAAUGCAUUUGGCAGGGAGUGUGUAAGGAUGAGAUGUAGAUAUGUGUCGCAGGUGGAGAUAAGAAAUGAAUAGAAAGCAGGUUUUAAACAUCAGCUCAGUCACUGAGGUAGUUACGGCCCCUAAAAAGUCAAAAAAAUAUAUUUUUUGUUUCUUUUUUAAUUCUUCUUGUAUUGAAAUUGUUUUUAUAUCCAUCACUGACUGCAGAAAUGGAAGCAGAGCUACCGACGCUACACAUUCCAUGAUUUUCCCCUCUGAAUCCUUUAUCCCGUCAAACUGUAUCAUGUUGGCCUUCAAAGUGGGAGUCUGCAGGAUCGAGUGGCUGAUAUUUAAUCCAACAAAUAGAGACUUUUUUUUCCACUGGCUGGGCAAUCCAAAGGAUAACUAGAUUCCAAGUCCCAUGAGGAAAGCCGAUGAUCAGUCAUUAUCUCGAAGCCUCAAAAUGAGACUUCCUACACCCAGAAUAGCACAGGCCCCUCCUGCCUCGAUGGCGACACAUUCUCCAUCCACUGUGUCUGAGAGCAGUCAGUCACAUUCAGAACAAUCGUAGGAGAAAUGCAGUCUGUAGGUUUAUCACAACAGUGUUACUAGAUCUCAAGCAGAUACCGUUUGAAAGACAAUGUAUUACUCCUUAAACUUAUAUUCUGUUCAUGGUGUGUGCUCAUAUUACUCACCAGGCCAAAUGUACAGUCCCUGUCUCUGUUUUGAUGUUGAACUGGGCAAAAAUAAAUGACAUGAAUAAAUACAUAAAACAAGUGUAUCAGAAAUGGUUGAAUACUGUGUACAUAUUUGAACUUUUGGUUUCUAAUUUAUAAAAGAUAAGCUUUAGCUCUUGGAGUACUUAUUUUAUUUUUUCCUUUCAUGCGUAGCUUUGUGUUUUUAUUUUCUAUUUCUGUAAAGUGUGUAAAUAUAUCUUUAUGAUAAUAAGUAAUAUUAAAAAUCUUAUUUUAA